AUGGCUCCCAAGAAGCAUAGUGGAAAGAAGAAAGUGCGGAGCAGCAAUGAAGGUGAUAAGAACAGCAAUGCAGGUGACAAUGUGCAAAGUGGAAAUGCAAGUGACAAUGUGCAAAGUGGAAAUGCAAGUGACAAUGUGCAAAGUGGAAAUGCAAGUGACAAUGUGCAAAGUGGAAAUGCAAGUGACAAUGUGCAAAGUGGAAAUGCAGGUGACAAGAAUGUGCAGCGCAAGCAUGGUGGCAAAAAGAAAGUGCAGAGCAGCAAUGAAGGUGACAAGAACAGCAAUGCAAGUGACAAUGUGCAAAGUGGAAAUGCAAGUGACAAUGUGCAAAGUGGAAAUGCAGGUGACAAGAAUGUGCAGCGCAAGCAUGGUGGCAAAAAGAAAGUGCAGAGCAGUAGUAAAGGUGACAGCAAGGUUGUGAAGAAAAUAACCAUUGAGCUGAAGAAGGAAAUUAUAGAAAAGCAUGACCGUGGUAUUCGUGUGACUGAUCUGGCCUCGGAGUACAAGAUGGCAAAGUCAACAAUCUCAACUAUUCUGAAAAACAAAGCCGCCAUCAAAGGAGCUGAUGUUGCAAAAGGAGUAACAAUGUUAACCAAGCAGAGGACGCAAGUGCUGGAAGAGGUGGAAAAACUUUUGUUGGUGUGGUUGAAUGAGAAACAGCUGGCAGGUGCCUUCUUCUGAUGGACAAUGCCCCGGCACACCCUCCAGCCUUGGUGGAUGAUAUGGAUGCUGAGUAUGACUUCAUCAAGGUAAAGUUCCUCCCCCCCAACACAACACCACUUCUGCAGCCCAUGGACCAGCAAGUCAUCUGCAACUUCAAGAAGCUGUACACAAAGGCGCUCUUCACUAGGUGUUUUAAUGUCACUGAAGAGACGUCCUUGACUUUGAAAGACUUCUGGAAGAAACAUUUCAAUGUUGUCCACUGCAUUAACCUCAUUGACAAAGCCUGGGAAGAGGUCACUCCCCGAACCCUAAAUUCAGCCUGGAGGAAACUGUGGCCAGAAUGUGUCGCUGAACGUGAACAUGACUUUGAAGGGUCUGAUGCAGAGGUAGUGGAGGAAAUUGUGUCCAUGGGCAAGAGUAUGGGUCUGGACGUUGAUGGUGCUGA